AUGACAACUGAAAUAUCAACAGUUAGAUUAAUGCCAACUACAACUUGUUCACUUUAUUCCGGCUCAAAGUUUAGAGGUGAACAGACAAGUGGCAGAAGCAGUUAUGAUGUUUCAGUUCAUAUUCAGCAUGUUAAUCUUUCAGAAUCAUAUCUAUGUGGAUAUCUUCAUAUUAAAGGUUUAACGGAAGAUUAUCCUGAAUUAACUACAUUCUUUGAAGCCGAAAUCAUUGGACGUAAAUAUUCCUUCCUAACUAAAAAAUGGGAUGCUGAUGAUAAGAUAGAUAUGCAACACUGGGUUCGUUUCCCAGCUUUUAAACCACUUCAGAAAAAUAUGAAAAAAGAUGGAUUUGUUUAUGAUUUUCAUAAUAAAGAUUAUAUUUUUAUGAGAUGGAAAGAACAUUUUCUUGUUCCUGAUCAUCGUGUUAGAACAAUUAAUGGUGCUAGUUUUGCAGGAUUUUAUUAUAUUUGUUAUCAAUUAAGUACAGGAACCAUUACCGGUUUCUACUUUCAUAAAAGAAUUGAAGUUGCAUCAUUUAGUAGAUAA